AUGCAGCGUACUGUUCUGGCGUUCCAGCGUAACGGCCACCUGUCCACACUCCAGGUAGGUGUGACGGCAGUGAGGACGAUUGCAUCCCUGGAAGAAGCCGACAGAGGCCUUUUCAAGCAGGCCAAGGACGACGACCACGUUGUCGUCACCGACUCGACCGUCUUUCACCCCCAAGGUGGAGGCCAGCCCUCUGACCAAGGCACCAUGGAGGCCGAGUCUGGGGACAAGUUUGACGUCCAAAUGGUCCGCACGGCGGUGACCAGGCAAGACGAGGUUCUGCACUUUGGGCGAUUCUCAAACGCCAUCUUCCAGCCGGGGCAAAAGGUGAUGCAGACCAUCGACGUGGAGAAGCGCCUCCUCUACUCUCGCUACCACACGGCUGGGCACGUUCUGGGAGCAGCUGUCCGCCACCUGCUGGAGGCAAAGAUUGACGGGUUCGACGAGACCAAGGCGUCUCACUUUCCAGACUCGGCCUCGUGCGAGUUCCUGGGCUCGAUUGAGGGCAAGUGGAAGGAGGCCAUCCAGGAGAAACUCGACGCGUACAUUGACAAGGACAUGCCAGUGGAGAUUGACUGGUGGGAUGAGCAGGACUUCAAGGACAAUGGGCUGGAGAGGCUUAUACCAGACCGCCAAGCCAUGGGGAUGGCUGACGGCGAGAAUUUCCGGGUGGUCAAGAUUAUUGGCGCGGAAACCUACCCGUGCGGCGGGACGCACGUUGACAGCACGAGGCUAUGUGGCAAGACGGUCGUGAAGAAGAUUAGUCGGUCAAAGGGUACUAGCCGCGUUAGCUACAACUUACCUUGA